AAAUACUAUUUUAAAGGUUGCCAGUGCACUCUAGACCCCUACUCGGCGGUGUGUGGAACCUGGCCGAGUUCUGCAUUAAUUUUACGUAUUCCUGUUGGGUUUAUACAUCUAUUGGUAAUCAUUCACAAUGGAAGGGGAGAUGAUUGAAGUUAGAAUAAGAUGAUUUAUAACUCAGAACUUCAAUUCCUUUAGGUGUUGCUGUUUAAUAUAGCUGUCAUUACCUGCUCCCUCUCGACCCGCGUGUGUCUGAACGAUUUGAAACCCUAUCCAACUGUCUAAAGGGAGAAUUCGAGUCUCCUCCCCCCGGUCGCCCGUGAUCCUAUUGGCUUCGUUCCGACAAUACAUUUUAUAAAGCUGGGCACUGACAGAAUGAGAAGGGUUAAGUGCGUCGGCGGUUCUAAGGGGAGCAGGAGCAGUAGGUUGUACAUUGGCCAAAGGGAGAUUCGAAUGUCAGGCUGUCAUCCCAGGGAAAUUGGGAAGAGUUGGGGGAAAGCGCUGCUGGGAAAGGAGGGGGGGAUGUAAACUUCCCCUCGAGGAGAUGAGGUUCCCUCGGGUCAGGUAAAAGCAGUUUGAAGAGCUGCGGUUUGGUUAAAAAUUGCUCUUAUCCCGAAGUGAAUCGAGUUGAGGAUCAUGAGCCUGGUGGGGAGUUUCCAACAUCCCGCUUUAAUGCACGAAGCUUUUCCAUUCGGCCCCACCAAUCGCUGUCACCAGGACCAUCCUUUCUUCCAGAGCUGGGUGCUCAACCAGGCGGAGAUGUCUCCCGAAUACUCCACACAGCCCUCCUACAGCACCGAGAUUGGGAUUAACGGGAUGGGUGCGGAGCCGGGCCGCUUUGAAGGUGUCCCGGAGCGGGCAGCGGCGAGACGCCGAGCGGUCUCGGUCCCGAAGAAGGAGAGACGCCGGACCGAGAGCAUCAACAGCGCGUUCGCCGAGCUCCGGGAGUGCAUUCCCAAUGUACCGGCGGACACCAAACUGUCGAAAAUCAAAACUCUGCGGCUGGCCACCAGUUAUAUCGCCUAUCUGAUGGACACCCUGUCCAAGGACACUCAGGUCGGAGAGGCGGAGGCUUUCAAGGCAGACUUGAAGAAAACGGACAGCAAGGAAGUGAAACGCAAACGGGAAACGAAUGAACCUGUAAACGGCUCGGCCAGAAGCAGCGACAAGAAAGUGAAAGGACGGACGGGUUGGCCGCAGCAAGUCUGGGCUCUCGAGCUGAACCAGUGACUGCAGUGAACUUGCAAAUUUGCACAGUUUUUGUUCCAAUUUGAAGGCGGCUAAAUGGUUCCAGGAUUGAUCCUCCAACUGAGCAGCAAACCAGCAGAGAAGCACAAGUGCAAUUUUAAAUCUGUUUAACUCCAGGACAAUUCAGAUGGGGAGAAAAUUAUCUAUAUUUGCAGCUAAUUUUUCAAUCAGUGUAAAUCCUUCCAGUAAAAAGGGGCCAAAUUGUGUUUGGACAGAUGUGCCUAGACGGGUCAGGUAUUCUGUCCAGUGCCAACAAUUCUUGGUCCCCCUCGAUUUGCUUAACCCAUUAUUAAACGCCUUAAAUGUGCCAGGGUCUUAUUUUACUCCGAUUGAAUUUCGCUGAAACGUUUACAAAAAGUCACACCAGUGAAGCGCGAUUCCAGAUUCUGUGAUUUCUUGUCCGCGGCCGUUUCACACUUCUGCCCUCGUUAAUGUGCGAUUGUAAAUUGUAUUUAAAAAAAAUAAAUAAUUUUCUAUUUA